UUGCGGUUCUUCCUUGAUCUACCUAUUCUCAGGUCAUUUCUUCUAUUCUUUAUCUUUCUUCUUCAAAUCGAUACCCCUCCAAUCCCACCCAUCAUGGCACCCAAGGGAAACAAGUACUCGGUUAUCUUGCCGACAUACAACGAGCGCAAGAACCUCCCCAUCAUUACCUGGUUGUUGAACCGCACCUUCACUGAGAACAACCUCGAUUGGGAACUCAUCAUCGUCGACGACGGAUCCCCCGAUGGAACCCAAGAAGUCGCCCAGCAGCUCGUCAAGGUCUACUCUCCCCACGUCCUCCUCAAGCCCCGCGCUGGUAAACUCGGUCUCGGAACGGCCUACGUUCACGGUCUCAAGUUUGUCACUGGCAACUUUGUCAUCAUCAUGGACGCCGACUUCUCCCACCACCCCAAGUUCAUCCCCGAUAUGGUCGCUCUCCAGGAGAAGGGCAACUACGAUAUCGUCACCGGUACUCGCUAUGCUGGAGAUGGAGGCGUCUUUGGCUGGGAUCUCAAGCGAAAGUUUGUCAGCCGUGGCGCCAACUUGUUCGCCGACACUGUCCUGCGGCCUGGCGUGAGCGACCUGACAGGCAGUUUCCGUCUGUACAAGCGUGCUGCCCUGGAGAAGGCUAUUGCUACCACAGAGAGUAAGGGUUACAGUUUCCAGAUGGAGCUUAUGGUUCGUGCCAAGGCUAUGGGCUGCACUGUCGCCGAGGUUCCCAUCUCCUUCGUCGACCGUCUGUACGGAGAGAGCAAGCUUGGCGGAGACGAGAUUGUGCAGUACGCCCAAGGUGUCUUCAACCUGUGGCUCAAGGUCUAG